GUUGGGUUUGGUGAGAGGUAAAGCAGGUCUUACAACAUCUCCAGUAAGAAAGUACAUAAAGCAGCCAUUACUAUUACUGCAGUUUCAGUUGGAACUUCUAUUGGCUGAGAACUGACUUCAGUCAUGGCAGACGCCUUGUCUUUCCUGGAAGAGGAUCUGACAUGUCUCAUCUGUUGUGAUGUCUUCACCGAUCCGGUCACUUUGAAAUGUAGCCACAGUUUGUGUGAGAAAUGUCUCCAGCGUUUCUGGAUGACUCGGGAUGUGCCGCAGUGUCCGGUCUGUCAGAAGGAAUGCUCUCAGGACGAGCCCACCAAGAGCCUGGGGUUCAGAGCACUCUGUGAGACCUUCAAGAAGAGAAAACCCUCAGCUGUUUCAAGAGACGUUUGUCCAGAGCAUGAAGAAAAGUUCAAACUCUUCUGCUUUGUGGACCAGCAGCCCAUCUGUGUGGUCUGUUACACAUCAAAGAAGCACGAAGAUCACAAGUGUUCUCCUGUUGACGAGGCUGCUGGUGUUUUUUUGGUGGAUCUCAAGACACAAACGGACAGAUUGAAGGCGACACUCGGUGACCUCCAGAAAGCCCACGAGAGCUGUGUUAAACAGGUUGAGCUCAGUAAGGAAUGCACUAGUAAGGAUGAAAACCAGAUAAAGGAGGACUUUGAGAAGCUCCAUCAGUUUCUGAGAGACGAGGAAGAGAAACAGAUCAGAUCCUUGCAUAAAGAAAUUAAACUUCAAGAUGAGAAACUCCAGGCCAGAAUGAAGGAGCUCUCCGCACAGAUAUCAGAUCUGUCUGAGAGGAUGGCAGCCGUCUGGCAGGACAUAGAAGCUGAAAACAUCACAUUUCUCCAGAAUUACAGCAAUAGUUUAAUAAGACUCCAACACCCAUCAGUAGCAAACACAAUCCCUGAACUACAGGAAUAUCAACACUAUCCCAUUCAGACAGUGAUCUUCACCACAUGGGUCAAAAUGCAGAACAUUGUGGAACAGCCUCCUGUGACUCUGGACCCAGACACAGCAUCCAGUAAACUGCAGGUGUCACAGGAUUGCACCAGUGUUCAGUACGUGGAAAAUAAAAUUGUGCUUGAUAACCCAGAGAGAAUGUAUGUGGGAGUGCUGGCCACACAGGGCUUCAGCUCAGGUGUGCACUGCUGGGACGUGGAGGUGAAAAACAACAGCCACUGGACGCUGGGAGUGGUGGCGGAAACAGUGAACCGCAAAAAAUAUUACAAAUUGUAUCCGAAGAAACAUUUCUGGUGUUUUCAUUACAUGAAUGCUACAUACAAGCAAGGAAAUGAUCCUGUCAGCCAUAUUAACAGCAAUGAGAGGCCAAAUAUCAUCCGACUGCAUCUGGACUUUGAUGAAGGAGAGCUGAGGUUCAUCGACCCUUUCAGAAACAGGAUUCUGUGCACCUACACAGGUGGAUUUCCAGAGAAAGUGUUCCCAUAUUUCUGUACUGAAGAUACAGUCAGCCCACUUAACAUUUUCAUUUCAAAUAAACAAAAACUGUAAACCACAACACAACAUUUCUUUUACAAACGUUGUGUUUUGUGUCAAGAUAAUCUUUUUAGGGCCACUGUAUAUCAAGCUAAGUAAUUAUUUAAUCAUGUAAUGUUUACGUGUAUAGGGUGAAGCAUUAUAAAUAUAACAAAUUUUAAUGUGAUUAUAAGUGAAAAUAAUAAAUAAAGACUAUUUGGUGUACCAAUGUGAUAAUAAUUAAUUGCAAGUGAAAUGCAGUGUGGUGCCGUCACCUCUGGCAGCUGAUUGUUGGAUGGUGUUGUAUUGUGGAGGAUGACACAUUCCUAAAAUACCUGCUCUGAUUAAACUCUCAGGCUAUGAAUACAAGUAAA